CCAUGCAAGAAGCGCCGAGAGGAAGAUUCUCCUGUUGAGACCAUCACAAGGUAUUUUUCACCGUUAGCAAAACCAGUGGAUAAACCUUUGUCGCCACCAAAGCCCAACAAUAUCUUGGAUUACUUUAAGAAGACAUCUGUAACUGAGAAAGCAUUCCCAGGUGGAGCUGGAGAAGAUAAAGCACUGUUGGAUGCUGAUGACAAGGACUGUAAAUCAUCUUUUAAACCAUCUUUAAAGAGGAAGAGGAAAGCGAGGAAAGUUAAUUUAAAUAAUAAGCUACAAGAGAUUAAAGGAUCUGAGAAUGACCAUGAAACAGAAAUCAGUAGUGAUGACAGCAGAGUCACAACAGGACUGCAACAAGAGAGUAAUGAUUUUAUUGCUGCUUGUACUUUAGUUGACCAAAAAUGUGCCAGAGAAUUAGCAGAAGAUAAUGUGCAAAAGGAGAACUUCUCCAACACUGCCUUCUCCAGAAAAAAAGCCAGAAAUGUGAGUUCUGAAACAAAUGGAGCAAAAAAUAGGAUAAGAAAACCAAGGCAAAGGAAGCAGAAAGUAGAUAUGGAUUUGUCUGAAAGGUUUUCGUCUGAAAACCUGAUGAAUGAAACUUGUGAAAAGGAAACUGAAGAGAAACAAACCUCAGCAGCAGAGUGUGGUGCUGCUGUUGGUGAUUCCAGUCUGGAGGUUCACACAGCUGAUGGCACAUCACAGGCCAAUAACAGUACAGUAACAGUGUCCUUUGAGGACUUCCUGAGGAGUCAGGGAGAAAGUAGUGUUGAAGAAGACACAGAGCCAACAAUGGACACUUCUGCUGCAGCAGAUGAAAUGGACAGAAGUGACAGUAUUAUUGACCUAGAGAGGUGUGAGGAAUCCCAACAGCUGCCACACAGGACAGUGACUGUCCUUGCACAGGUUCAUUCUGUUCCCCCCAAAUUGUCUCCGUUGCGUAAGGAGCAAAAAGGCUCCAGGAAAAUAGCUUCCAUUUUCCUGAAGCAGAAAGGCUGUGCAGGGGAAAGAGAAAGCAGCUCACCCCUCCUGGAGAGUGAGCAAACCGAACUGGUGGCUCAGAAAAGAAAGUCUAAUGUAGUUAUUGAGGAAGAGGAGUUGGAGUUGGCUGUUCUGGAGACUGCAGGGUUGGACUUUUUGAAGCCUAAAUGUUCCCUGGAAGAAAGGCAUCAGUUUAUGAAGGCAUUCAGACAGCCAGCAGCAGAUUUAACAAAAAGUGGAGUUAAAAAGGCACCUGGAAGGCAAAAGCAAACCACAGCAAAGUCUUCAAAAGAAAGAGAAGGGCAUGAAGACAUCAUCGCUGCAAAUAACUGGUUAGAAAACGGAGUACCAGAAGAUUAUCUGGACAAAUACACACAUUCUAGUUCUAAAAGCAGUAGAACUAAACCCAAAAGAUCUAGAAAGGUUCAGAAAAAGGGAAACACAAGGAGGCAGGCUUCAGAACCUAAAGCAACUAGAGUCUCAAACACCAGCAAUUGCAGUGAGGAGGAUUCAGGAGCUAAUGCUGCUACUGUGGAAGACACCUUAGAUGUAAUCAUUUUAUCAAGCCCCAAAGCAAGUGAGUUACGGAGGAGUUCAAGGCAGAAGAAAAUCAAAACGCCAACAAAUGUUACACCUGAAAGGCCCAGGGUUAGAACUGCCUUCUCUGCAGAUGAAUUCAGUGCCUUUCUACAGACUUCUACCCCAAAAGCUAGCAAACAGUCCUCAAAGAAAAGUAGCAUGUAUAAAGCUGAGGUGAUCACUGUCCCCUUUGAUGGCAGCAGCCCAAUAAGGAUGAGGUUUACUCGUAUCAAUGCGACUACGAAAUCAAAUAAAGCCGAAGCAAAGAAAAAUGAAGAGUUUAGCUCCAGAAACAUAAAGAGGAACUCUACUUCCAAAAACAGAUCCAAAGCAAAGCAGCUGGUAGAAAAGGCAAAGGCUCUGCAGCAGAGCAGGUCAAAGGCUGCUGAGGACUCAGCUCCAGUGCGGCGCUCGUCCCGGCAGAGAGCUCUGGCUGAGAGGAGAAACCUGCAGCAGACUGAGGAAUCAGUAAUCAUUUUAGAUUCAAGUGUGAGUAGUGUCACUCCUGCAGAGGAGAGUGUGAAGCAAAAGAAACUUCGGAACUUAAAUGAUGUUUUGGGGAAGAAGUCAAAAAACUUGAAGGUUGUGAAGAACUCAAAAGGGAAACUGAGACAUCCACUUUCCUGCCUAGGCAAAAGUGACCAGAACUCUGCAGAUCAGCCAGUUGUGAUCUUUGAUGAAGGCAGCCAAGAUGCAUCUGAAAACUCUCAGGAUGAUGAUCAGUUCAGAGCCAAACGUGAAUUCCUGAGGAGUGGAUUGCCAGAGUCCCUGAAAAGGCAGAUUGCAAGGAAAGCAGCAGCCCUGGAAGCUUAUUCCCUUGCAGGUUCCUGUUUCAGGGCUGUUGUUCAUGUGCAGCAGAAGGAUGACUGUCAUCCAAUGUGGAAAUUGCAAUCCCCAUCCUGUCCUCUCUUGACUAAGCUGAGGGAACUGAGCACUGAAGUCACCAACAUCACAAAAGUCACUCUCUCACUUGGUCAGUUUUCCACUGUGAAUUCAAAACAAACUGGGAAUUGUUCUGCAGCUCUGCUUUCAGGCCACAGACCAGCUUUUCCUGAUACACUGAAGAAGGAUUUACUGGAGGAGAUGAUGUCUUCUAAUUCCCAAUUUCCUGUCAGAAAAUACUUCCACAAGUUUCUGAAACAGCAAACACAACAGUUGGCUUUGGAAAACGGUCUACAAGAAAGCAGAGACAGCACUGCAAAGCCUGAGGGGAAUCAGAAACAUCCUGACAGCUGGAAGGAAACCAAGAGGAAAAGGAGAGAAACGGAAGAACGCAAGUCAAAAAGAAGAAAACAAAUUGAAGGUACAGAGACAGAAAUCAAAUCAAGAGCUUCCAGGAGUCUUAUUUCUCCCAUGUCUGGAGAAAACCAGGCAGAGACAGGACAAGCCACAGAUCUGGGGAAAAACAAGCCCCAGAAAGCAGCAGAUGUGACUGAGGACACUCCGUGUUUAUCACAGCCUAAUGCACUUUCAGGUGUUGAAACGGAAGACAUGCUCUGGACAGAAAAAUAUCAGCCUCAAGAUUCAAGUGAACUUGUAGGGAACAAGAAAGAAAUUGAAAGGCUACACAGUUGGUUAAAAGAAUGGAAAAAAAGAGCUGAUCUGGAAGAAAAAAGAAAUCAGAAAGGGGAAAAGGAGGACAAAGAGCUUGAAGAUUCUUCCAGCAGCCUCGACUUCAGGGACAGUAAAUCUGAUCUGGAGGAGGAGCUAAACCUUUGCAACACAGUCCUGAUCAGUGGCCCCCCGGGGGUGGGGAAGACUGCUGCAGUGUAUGCCUGUGCCCAGGAGCUGGGCUUUAAGAUCUUUGAAGUCAAUGCCUCCUGCCAGCGCAGUGGGAGGCAGAUCCUGUCCCAGCUGAAAGAAGCUACUCAGUCUCACCAAGUGGACAAGAAGGGUGUUAAUGCACACAAGCCUUGCUUUUUCAACAGCUGCACCAGUGCCAAGUCACCGAAAAAAAUGUAUUCUCCUAAGAAAGUUGUUUCACCAAGAAAACCACCACUGUCACCAAAAGGAGGAGGUUUAAAACGAAAUUUGGCCCCUAAAACACUUGCAAACUACUUCAAAAUUUCUUCCAAAUGUACAAGUAAUGAUGGAGAAGAAACACCCCAAGAAAAAAGUAAAGGAAAUGCUCAGAAUUCACUUGAAGAGAAGAAAGAUGCUCAAGUGAAGCCAAUAAACAGAGAAGAAGGAGAACACAACAGGAAAAGUGCAACUUCUCUCAUUCUUUUUGAAGAGGUAGAUGUCAUCUUUGAGGAAGAUGCAGGAUUUCUGAGUGCAAUAAAGACUUUCAUGGCAACUGCAAAGAGACCUGUAAUUCUAACCACCAAUGAUCCAACCUUCAACUUAAUGUUUGAUGGCUAUUUUGAAGAGAUCAACUUCCAAACCCCUUCCUUGACAAAUGCUGCCAGUUACCUCCAGGCUCUGUGUCUGGCUGAGAACCUGUGGACAGAUGUGAAAGACUUGGCUGCUCUCCUCGCCACAAAUAACUGUGAUAUCAGACAAAGUGUGCUCUGCUUGCAGUUCUGGGUUAGAAGUGGAGGUGGAUGCUUGAAAGAGAAAUGGUUGGCACAUCGGGGAGAGGAGACAAGUAAAGCAGAUAAUGUAACGUGUUCUGGAAAGACUAAGGAGUCCAAGGAUUUUUCUCCAGCUGAUGGUGCAUGUGUGCAGGAGCUUCCAAAGUGUGACACAGGCUGUGUAGAGACACUGCUUGGCCUUAAGAACAUCCUGUUGCCUUCAGAAGAUUUGUUUACAUUUCUUAAGCACAAAAUCACAACCGUGGAGGAAUGGAAUAAAUUGAUGCAGCUUCUCACAGAGUUCCAGAUGAAGCAAGUGGAUUUUAUAUACAAUAAUCUUGAACUUAUUCUUCCCUUACCAGUGCAAGUUCUUUCGAACCACUCUGAAGCCUCUAAUUCUAUACUUGAAAGGACUAACACAGUUUCUUCAAAAAACAGAUCUACUAAGAGUUGUUGCUCUGGGAAAAGUAGCCCUGGAAAAAGGUCUAAAAAGACAAAGACCCAGAAAAGGCUUGAUCUGUUGGAGGAUAGUGACUUGUUUGAUACUGAAUUGAACUAUUCAGCUGAAUUCCUAACCUUGCCAUCAGAUGGUUCUCCAUCAUGUGCUGACAUCAACAAAGAGGAGGCAAAACUGGUGAAUAAAGGAGAAAAAGAAGUCAAAACUCAAACCCCAGCAAAUGGGAAAAGGUCUGCUCUUGUUUUUCAGUGUCUGAGUUCACUGAGUGAGUUUGUGGAGAACAUGUCUUUCCUGGACUGCUAUGUAAACACCAACACCAAGGAGCAACUGGAGUUUUCUAGAGGUGAAGAAUUUCACUGGACAAAUGCCAAAGUCAGAAAUGGUCUUUGUGAUGAGUUCAGUGCAGAGAGUACUGACUGGUGGAGUUCCCAGGGCUGCAGUGAGAUCAAGGCAGCGAUCGAGGCGCUUAGUUUUAACAAAUGUUCUGUUCAUCUUUCACAAAACUUGGAGUCCUUUCUGAGCCCCAGUAAAGCAUCUGAGAGUGAUCAGCUGGAGGGACUGACUUUGCAUGUUUCAAACACAAGGAAUUGCAUAUCCUUCGGUCAGUUGGCUGAUCCAAGCCUGGGCCAAAAGGCAGAGAAGAGGCUGUCAGCCCUCAGAGCUGUGUUCUCCAGGAGUCCCUCACACCUGGGUAACAAGGCAGCCAGCACCCUGGAGUACCUCCCUGCUCUUCGCAGCAUCUGCAGGGCUGAGAGGCUUAAGGAGCAAGGGAAGACUAAGAGAAGGUUCUUGCAUUACCUUGAAGGGAUUCAUCUGGAAGUUCCCAGGCAAACGAUCAAUGCUCUGUCUUUGGACUUCCCUUGA